GAACAAGAUAGGGGGGAGAGUGGAAGUUUCGAGAGAAUCGAAGAAGUUACUUGCAUUCGCCGACCGCCGUGUAGAUUAUACAACGUGUUUUAGAGUGGUUGCCGGGUGAAUUGUUUAGGAUUUGUGAAUUUAAAAAUACGUUAUUUUAACAAUGGCUGCGACUAGUGCUAUUAAGAGACUUGUACCCCUGUUUGAUAGAGUUCUUAUACAGAGAGCCGAAGCUGUAACAAAAACGAAAGGUGGUAUUGUUUUACCAGAGAAAGCGCAAGCAAAAGUUUUGCAGGGAACGGUUGUGGCGGUAGGACCUGGACAACGAAACGAUAAAGGGGAACAUGUUCCUUUAAGCAUUAAAAUUGGCGAUACCGUUUUACUGCCAGAAUACGGUGGAACUAAAGUAGAACUCGAAGACAACAAAGAGUUCCAUUUAUUCCGUGAAACGGAUAUAUUGGCAAAAUUAGAAGUAUAAGAUUUUAUUAAAUUUGUAUUUUUAAUUUUUUCAAAUACAACAAAUUGUUUUCUGAAUAAUGCAGAGAUAAGAAACAGUGAUAUCGAAAUUAAUAUAGCUGCGUUCAUCGU